GUCCGCGCUUAUUUGGAGAACAAGUCCGCAUGUGGCAGGCUGGUGAUAGACAAAUGCACUGACGGCGAGAGGUCGUGUGGGUUUACAUGGCACUGGGAAGAAAACGGAGCAGUUGGUAUUCGUGGCACAACCUUCAUCGAGCUGGAUCAACAGGGGAGAGUAUCAUUCCUGCGUGAAAUUUGUGAACCGCUCUACAAACCUGGAGAUGCGACAGUAGAGCUUCUCAAGGCCAUCGGUGGCGACAAUGUUGCUACUUUCGAUGUCCAAGCAGAACGUCGAAAACCCGUGGGAGCGAGUGACAUUUGCCGCUAUUUGUGGAGUGAACUGCAGGGCAAUGCGCCGCCUGCCGAGUCUGUGACCUUUUUUGCUGACCAGGUUCUCUACGAGGACUUCAAUUAUGAGUUGCCUCUCCGUAGAAAGGAAGAGGUCAGAGAUUUCCUGGAGAAAUUUGCUGAAAUCAAGGCACUCAAGUUUGUUGCCGAGCGUUUUUCUGAUGGCAGCAAAGCCUGCUGCUUUACCUGGAAUGUGGAAAUUGCUGGAGCACCCACUGAUGCUCCAAGGAUACGGGGAAUCUCAUUCUACGAGUUGAACGAUGCAGGUAAGAUCAUCUAUGUGCGAGAUAUCCCAGAAAGCGCUGCAAAGCCACCUCCUUUGCAGGCUUUGGCUGCCAUGCUUCGGCCUCGUUUGCGAGUCUUUUUCCCGCGGUCUUCUGUUGUGGCCGGUGAGGCCAUACAUUUUUUGAUGGCCGGUAUGGCUAGUAAUUAA